CCAGGGGGGCGCCGGGGGCAGCGACCCCGGCCUGCCGUGGCCCGCCGGGGCAGGCUAAAGACGUUUGUUGGGCGUUGAGCCCCUGUCGGCCCCUCUGUCAUCACAGGCACUGGGCACUGGGGACGCCCGACGCCCGCUUAUUUUUACGCCAGUUCCUAGUUAUUUGCGGUUUGUUCCUUGCCCGAUGCUUUCUCCACUCCUCUCUGUGUGCGUGAGUGUGUGUCCCUCUGUGUGUCUGUGUGUGUGCCUGGCUUGUUAGAGGUGGUGUACCUUACCCGCGACUCGCCGCUAGUUAACUUAUUCAGUUGCGAAACAACUUAGCACCAGCUUAGGAAGGCGUGGAGGCAGCGACCCGGCGUUCCUACAUGUGAUUCUAGUUUGUAGUUAAAUUAAUCAAUCGGAGCUUGUCGCCGACGUUCACGAGUGUCAACAGCUCGGUCCUUGGAACAUUAAACAAACCACAUGCCGAGUGUUUCGAUUGUUUCCUUCUGCUUCCUUCUGCUUCCUGUGCGGCGAACGGGCCGCGCGCCCGAACAUGGCCGAACAUGCACGACUAGACGGAGUAGACGGAGCGCGUCGUGUCGCGGACACUCGUAAAGAUACGGUGCGCGGGUCAUUCAAGCCUCGACGCGACACUGGAAGUUGACGUGGCCGCACACGGAGUGGCACGGAGUGCUCGGAGGCAUCACCUCGCCGGCCAGGCCGGGCGUGGACAGACAGGCAGACGGACAGGCGGACGGACAGACAGACAGGCAGACAAGAAGCAGACAGGUGGACGGACGGACAGACGGACAGACUGGCAGGAGGGCACAUGGCGAGUGUCCCGCUAAGUUCCAGUCCGGUCCUGGUUAGUCCUGGUUGGUCCUGGUGGCUGCUGACCGGGCUGAAGGCUUCACCGUGAGGCUGCUGCCAGGCUGCUGCAGGCCGAGGACACUCCCAGUGACCCUGCUGCGUGCUGCGCGCGCGGACGACUGACGCGAGACGGAGCGGGUCAGUGAACCCUCGGGCACCUCCGGAUUCCCAGUGUUUACGGUGCAGUAACGCCCCGGAGUGAUUGCCGGGUGAAUCAGGGGACUGCAGGGAAGUGCACCGGGGGGACUGCAGGCGGAACAAGGACCAGGAUGGGGCGCUCGCUGGCGGUGCUGACGCUCUACGCCCUGGCCCUGGCGCACUGCGCAGUGCUGCACGACGCCGACUUCGAGUACCCCGACGUCGAGUUCGAGGACGACGCCGUCGCCUUCGCCAGAGGUGGCGCGUCCGCGCGCGCGCCGCGGCGGCCCUGCGAGUGCGCCGACGGCCAGUGCAGCUGCUGCUCCGGGUUCGUGAUGCAGAGCCUCAUCAACUUCGCGCCCCGGCAGCGCGGCUGCAUCAACAUCACCUACGACCCCGACGACUUCGCCUUCGCCAUGGCGCUGUCCUUCAACGACCGCGUCCUCUACAAGAACACCAUCUCGGCCAAGAACCCCCGGCCGCUGUGCGUGUCCGUGCCGCGGGUGACGGGCGCCAAGCUGUGCGUGCGCCUCAGCAACGUGUACUUCGUGGGCAGGAACGUGCACGCCUGCGUCGACAUGGAGGCCAAGUGGCAGGACUCGCAGGCCUUCCAGAUGACCUUCGACUGUAUCCGGGUGGGCGCGGACGGCGUCAAGGUGGUGAAGCCCGAGGACGGGUCGGGCAUCGCCGUCGGCGUGCCCGUGGCCAUCACCCCCGCGCCCGAGGAGUACGACGAGAUCCCCGCCGAGCACCCCGUCAACGCCACCCUGGCGGCCGCCACCACGACCACCACCACCACGACGGCCAGGACGACGUCCGCCGCCUCCACGGACGUGGGAGAAGAGGAAGAGGAAGAGUGAAGGUCGCCGACGACGACACUGUUAGGGACCUACCUCGUAAUCCUAUUAAAGUUAGCUUUGUUUACGUCAUUUGCGUACGUACUUUUGGCCCUCUCUCAAACAGAAACAUUUUUUUUGGACACGGUGAUCAACCGGACCAAUCUAACG